UUUGUCUAUUUGCUUUCUUAACAGAAACAUUGAAUUGCUUUGAUGACAAACACAAGUGCUAUGUCUGGAUUGGAAAAUCAUACUUCAACUACACUUGCAAGCCGUGAACCGACGAGUAUAGGAGAUGUGACGACGAGUAUAGGAGAUGUGACUUGGUUUCGAGUAUUGAAGUACACCCUGUAUGGAUUAAUGUUUUUGAUUAGUUUGCCAGGAAAUUUGAUGGUUUGUGUGAUUAUAACCCGACGAAGGAAAAUGAAAACAAUCACAAAUUUCUUAAUCCUUAACCUCGCUAUUUCAGAUGUUUUAUAUACUUUAUACGUUCCCCUCGACAUUGUGAUCAGUGAAACAACGAUAUGGCCGUACGCUCAUUUCUUUUGUAAUCUAUUUUACCCACUAAUGACACUGUCUAUUUGUGUGUCUGCCUUUACAUUGAUGGCGCUGGCGUUGUCACGUUUUUGGGCUGUCGUGUUUCCCCUGCGUCGUCAAAUAUCGAUUAUUCAAGUUAAAAUAUCACUCGUAGUUAUUUGGUUGUUAGGAAUAAUUGAAGUACUACCCUAUGCAAGAUUUCUAUAUGUCUCAGAAGAUCAUGUGUGUGAUGAACAUUGGCCAAAUGAAGAGACGAGGAAAGCUUAUACACUGAUCCUGUUCUUCUUACAAUCUGUCAUUCCUCUUAGCGCAAUAUCUUUCGCUUACACAAUGGUGGGAAUUGAACUAAAGAAAGGAAGCCGAAGAAGUGAGAAUCGCAUCUUGGAACGAACUAGAAACGAGGAAUCAAAGAAAGUGAUCAGAAUGUUAGUAGUAAUAACCGCGGCUUUUGCAUUUUGUAACUUGCCUACAUCUAUCAUGUGGCUAAUUAACGACUUUAGCUCGACAAAAAUAUCGGAAUUUGGGGAUAUUAUUGCUUUUUUUAAUAUUUUGGAUUUCGGUAACGCUGCCGUGAACCCUUGUAUCUACCUAGCAUGUAAUGAAGAUUUUCGAAGGGAAUUUUGCCGAUAUCUCAGCAAAAUGAAAGUAAAAUUAUUUUGGUCAUCAGAAAGAACAUUCUCAGCCGAUUCAGCACCGAGUCAUGACGGACAUGAAACAGGGGAAGAACCAUGUCUUGAGAAGACAGUAGCCUCGACACUUUUAAAACAUGAAUCAUGCAUGUGAUAUUUACACCGUUACAAAUCAUAUAUUCACAUCAUCUGUUUAUACCUCCUACUGAUGAAAAUAAUUAAAACUAAUUAUAAGCCUGAAGAAUAAGGCUGUUGUGUCCUUUUUAAUUUGUCGGCAAAGUUUUCUGACAAGCGAAGGCUGCCUUUCUAGGUAUAGUUAUACAUGCACACAUAAUUCGGGUUCAACCCGAGUUAGUGUAAACCUCACCGCUAAAAUUAAAGCGUUGGCACCUACUGAAUUUCACUUUCCUCAUCCCUAAAAUUGCGCUAUGAAUUUAUCGAGCUAAUUUUUGGUUAAUGACAUAUUGUGUCAUCGUCAGAUGACGUUUAGCACGUAUUUUUCAAAUGUUUUCAAGUAUUGUUAAAACUCGGCACAAUGAAGUGCAUAAACAUACAUGUCAAACAUACAGUGUUUUGACACUAAUUAUUGGAAUUUUUUACACAAUACACGAGAUUCAUCAGGAACUUUUUUGCUAUAAUCCAAAAGUUAAGCGUCAGCUUUGCAUGUCACGUACACCAUAGACAAACGAGAAGACAAAGAUAAUCUUCUGGAUUGUCCAUGCGUACAUUUACGUUCUCAAUUCUUUCCUUACAUGCAGCUAUAAUUGCUUCCACACUAUAAAUUUGAAGAAGUUCGAUCAACUUCAAAAGUGUUUAUUCUGUCACUGUUUUUGGUCGGACAGAAUAACACUUUGCGAGUUAAUUCUCCUUGAAAUUCAUAGUGCAUAACAAAAUAACCAACAUGACUAAUCUUUUAUUUUGACAUAGAAAAAAAUAGAAAAUGUGUCUUCCACGGCUUAAUUCUGGUUUUAUCUGAAGGACUGGUAUACUUUUACAUCCUUAUCGCAGCAAUGUCCUAAUCGAAUAAUCACGCGUAAAGUGGUUAUACAUUUCAUAUUUCGCCAUUGCACUAAAAUGAGAGAAAUUGUGGAGUCAGCAGUAAUUUUCAUACGACAAAAUACGAAUCCCUAUUCGAAAUACGAAUGUAUUCUACUAACAUUACUCACC